AUGGAUCAUCCAUCAACCAUAAAAAGCUGACAUGUGGCUCCACCCUGAGCUUCCACCACAUCCAGUACGAAGUGCUGAUGAAAAGCAACCUCUUCAGAUGGAAAAGCCCUAGUACUAAGAAGAUCCUGGCUGAUCUCAGUGGGAUCAUGAAACCUGGCAUCAAUGCAAUCCUUGGGCCCAGUGGGAGUGGAAAAUCCACAUUCUUAGAUGUUUUAGCUGCAAGAAAAGAUCCUUCAGGUCUCUCUGGAGAGGUUCUCAUUAAUGGUGCACCACAGCCUGAAAACUUCAAGCAUCUCUGUGGCUAUGUGGUCCAAGGAGAAGUGAUCAUGGGCACACUGACUGUGAGGGAGAACCUGUGUUUUUCUGCAGCCCUGAGGUUGCCCAGCUCUCUGCCUCAGAGUGAGAAGAUGGCUCGAGUCGGUCUCCUCAUUGACGAACUGGGACUCACUAAUGUGGCUGACUCAAAGGUGGGCACAGAGAUGAUAAGGGGAAUCUCCGGAGGAGAGAAGAAGAGAACAAUGAUUGGCAUGGAGCUCAUAAAUGAACCAGCAGUUCUCUUUCUGGAUGAACCAACGUCAGGACUGGAUGCCGCCACUGCCAAUUCUGUUCUGGAGUUACUGAGGAGAAUGGCCAAUAAUGGAAAAACCAUCAUUCUGUCCAUCCACCAGCCUCGGUACUCCAUCUACAGAUUCUUUGAUUCUCUGACGCUGCUGGUCAGUGGUAACAUGGUUUACCACGGUCCUGCUCAAAAUGCUUUGGACUACUUUGCCAGCAUUGGCUACUGCUGUGAGCCCCACAACAAUCCAGCUGACUUUUUUCUGGAUGUCAUUCAUGGAAAUUACAUAGGACCAGCCAUGACUAAAGACCAAUGUUCUGAAGACGGUCAGCAGCUCAGCGGCUCCAGGCAGAGCGUUGAGGAGCAUCUGAUCGAGGAGUACCGCAGGUGCAGCUACUACAGUGACAGACAGGUGGACCUGGAACGUAUCGUGAAGAAAAAGGAGUUUAUAUCGUGUUUGAAAUCCCACUCACGCUCGCCCUACAACAGUUCCUUCUGCCAACAGCUGAACUCGGUACUGAAAAGAACCUUCAAGAACAUCCUCAUAAACCCACAGUCUUUCGUUUCUGAGGUGACCAUAAGCAUUUUACUAGCACUUAUUGUCGGAGCCAUUUUCUUUGGAGUCAAAGACGACCAGAGUGGAAUCCAAAACAGGAUGGGUGCGAUCUUCUUCAUCACUACCAACCAGUGUUUUGCCACCAUUUCUUCUGCUGAGCUCUUCAUAGCUGAGAGGAAACUGUUUGUACAUGAGUACAUCAGUGGAUACUACCGGGCAUCGGUCUACUUCCUGUCCAAGGUCUUGGCUGAAAUCCUUCUGCGUAGCAUCACCUCUACGAUCUUCUGCUGCAUUGUCUAUUUUGUAAUUGGCCUUAAAUUCACCACAGCAGCCUUUCUGAUCUUCGUGCUGACAGUGACCCUGAUGACCUGCACCGCCUCAGCCAUGAACAUGGCCAUCUCAGCCAAUCAGACGGUGGUGGCCGUGGCCACGAUCUACAUGACCCUCUGCUUCAUCUUAAUGAUGAUUUUUUCAGGGCUCCUGGUCUACUUACCCGGCGUUGUGAGUUGGCUGGCUUGGCUGAAAUACCUGAGUAUUCCUCGAUAUGGAACAGCAGCCUUGAAUGUGAAUGAGUUUGUGGGUUUGAAGUUCUGUGAUGAGGCUUUGAUUCAAGGUUUCAACAAGUCCGUGAACCUGACCGACUGCAGUGUGAACACAAACAACCUGAUAUGUACAGGGGAGCAGCACCUGCAGUACCUGGAGGUGGACUACAGCAGCUGGGGACUGUGGCAGAACCACGUGGCUCUGAUCCUCAUGUCCAGCAUUUUCUUCACCAUCUCCUACCUGAAGCUGCGUUACAUCAAGAAGUUCACCUAGAACUUUAGUUCUGAAUGCACCGUUUUGUGACUGGACACAAUUCAACAUUUGUGUAAUGUAUUCCUGAACUGAUAAGGCGAUUUUUUUAUCUGUUAACUAAUGAG